AUGUGUAAAAAUGCUCAAAUAUACAACGAAGAAGCUUCUCUCAUACACGAAGAUUCGAUCGUACUUCAAUCCGUGUUUACGAACGCGAGACAAAGAUUGGAACAGGAUGCGGAAACGGAUGAGGAUAAAGACGGUGGAGACGAGGAUGGAAAUUCCGAAUCGGAAUCCGUUAGAAUGAAAAUAAAAAUAAAAAGUGGAAAAGGAGGAAGAGGAGGUGAGGGAAUAGGAAGCACGAGAAGGAGGAAAAUUCAACCAAAGUACACGAAUAGCGAUGACGAAGACGAAGAUGAUUGA